AUGGCGUCCACCGCACCGCCAUUGUCGCCACCGCCCGCCGUCUUCACCCUCGACGCGCCGGCCGGCGUGGGCGUCCUGCGCACCAAGGCCAUCGCCGGGCGCGUCUUUACCCCGUACGCGCUCAGCGACUGGGCCGAGUGGCUCGCUUGCAACGCCCGCAGCGAGCGCGUGGGCACCGCCGCCGAGGUGCCGGCGACUGUCCGAGCCGCACUCGCGCAGCCGGCCGACCCUGCGCUGCUCGACGUCGAGCCGACCUACUGCAACAGCUAUCUCGGGCGAGCGGCGACACCUGAAGAGCAGCUCGAGUUCUUCGCGCGCAACGGCUUCCUCCCUGCACCUCCAUCGCCCAACGAGAAGGAGCGCCUCAAGCUCAUCCGCGCCCACAACCUCGACGACCUGCACAUGCGCGACUCGGUGACCGACAUCUGCGAGCUCGCGCGCGCCUUCUUCCCCGAGGACGUGACCGCCGCCGCGUUCGCCGUCACCGAGCAGUUGUCGCUCAUCAUGGGCCUCUCGCGCGCCGCCGACGACAACGCCGAGUGGGAGCGCAUCAUGAGCGAGAUGGACCCGUCGUGGUGCCUCGGACGGCACACGCUCGCCCACGAGGACGGCCUGUUCGUCGUGCUCGACGCCGAGCAGGACUCGCGGUACAAGAACAGCCCCAUGUUCCAGCCGGGCAGCAUCCGCUUCUUUGCCGCUGUCGCCAUCAGCCUGCCGACGGCCUCGACGAGCAAGGACUCGCCGCCCGCGAUGGUCCCGGUCGGCAUCCUGUCGUGCAUGUCCAAGAGCGCGCACGCCGAGCUCACCGACGCCCAGGUCUCGGCGCUGCGCACGCUCGCCAAGCGCGUCGAGCGCGACCUCGCUCUCGCGCAGAAGAUGGAGCAACAGCGGCGAGCGCGCGAGCAGGCCUCGUUCAUCUCGUCGUUCCUGCGACUCACGCUCGGCGGCACGGCCGCCCCGAGCGAGAUGGCGUCGGCGUCGAUGCAGGCCGUGUUCGGCGGCACCGGUACGUCGUCUCGGCGCGACACGGCCGCGUUCGACCUCGCCGCCGAGCGCCUGUGCGCCCUCUCGAGCGCGAGCUCGGUCGCCAUCCUCGACCUGCGCAACUUCCUCCCGGCGAGGAACGGUGUCGGCUCGAACGACGAGCUGCAGCGCCAGGCGCAGCGCCCCCGCGUCCACGUCCGCUCGCCGGCGUCGGGCGACAUCGACUACGACGCGAGCUCGCACCCGCUAGUCGUCCUCGGGCAUUCGGGCCUGUCGCCCGAGUCGAUCCGGCGCAUCAGCAGCCUGAGAAAGGGCGACAUCGACGAGUUCGAGGCGCUCGUGCGCCGCAUCAAGGCCGACGAGGCCGACGCCGUCCAGAUCCAGGGCGACACGGUCCUCGGCCACCUCGUUCCGCCCAACGCCCGCGCGUCGCACCUCGUCCCUAUCCACGACCACGCCAAGUCGCUCGCCCUCCUCAUCGUCGUCUCGCUCGACGAGCACGUCGACGAGCUCACCGAGGUCGACAGGACCUUCUUCGCCAACGUCGGCUACGCGAGCCUGAGCGCCCUCGUCAAGGACCAAGACGUCGAGUCGGACCGCGCCCGCCUCGCGUUCGUCAGCUCGAUCUCACACGCCCUUCGCCUCCCCCUGCACGGCCUCGCCGGCCAACUCGAGCUCAUUCGCGGCGCGUCGACCGGCAUCGACGAGCACCUCGCCGUCGCCGACGUCUGCAUGGACUCGCUGCGAGGUUUACUCGACGACGCGGUCGACUUUUACCACCUCGCCGACCCGAUGGCGAUGAAGCCGGCGCCCGCCGCAGCUUGCGAGCUCCUCGACCUGUCGGCUCUCGUCCAGGACGUCACGACGCACGCCCUCAACCGGUCGCUCCAGGACGCGUUCGACGGCGACGAGGACGUUCCAGGCAUGCCCAAGAGGGACGUCGCCGUCGUCGUCGACGUCGCCGCACGCGCAGGCGGCUGGCUCGCUCGAGCGCGGGCCGGCGACCUGCGCCGGAUCCUCGCCAACGUCGUCGCCAACGCGUACCGCUACACGACCAAGGGCGAGGUGCGCGUCACGCUCGAGGCGACGGGCGACGUCGUCUCGGACCAGCACGUCGUCAAGAUCUCGGUCGCCGACACGGGCUGCGGCAUCGACGAGGCGUUCCUCCGCAGCGGCCAGCUCUUCAUGCCGUUCCGCCGCGCCGACGCGUUCACGCCGAGCGUCGGCCUAGGCCUCCCGCUCGUCAACCUCCUCGUCGCGCAAUACGGCGGCUCGAUCAACGUCACGAGCGCGCUCAACGAGGGCACCACCAUCGAGAUCACCCUUCCCCUCACGCUCGUCGAGUCGGCACCCGCACCCGCACUCGAGCGCUCGCUGUCGGAGGAGAUCGCCGUCGUCAUCAAGGCGGCCUCGAGCGCCGCCCGGCAUGGCCCGACCGACGCGCCCGCCGCCUUGAUCCAGCUCGACCCGACAUCCACGCCUACCCGUCGCCCGCCGUUCACGCGCGCCACCACGUCCGCCUCGCACGAGGCGCCCCUGUCGUGCCCGAGCAGCCCGAGCAGCCGGCCAGAGCUCUCUCGCACCAACUCGUCCGGCAGCUCGCAGGCCUACUCGUCGACGUCGUCGAUCCUGUCGCGCCACCGUCGACCGCUGCGGGUUCUCGGGUGCGAGGACAACCUCAUCGCGCGCAAGCUGCUCGCCGCCCUCGUCAAGAAGAAGGGCUACGAGUUUCACGGCGCCGUCGACGGGCAACAAGGCGUCGACGCGUUCGAGCAACAUCGUCCAGACGUCACGAUCAUGGACAUCGGCAUGCCCGUUCUCGACGGCAUCCAGGCGAGCUCCAUGAUCCGCAAGAUCGAGAUUGAGCGAGGCUGGCCCCGGUCGAAGAUUAUCGCCUUGACCGGCCUGAGCAAUAAGGUCGACCGCGUCGCCUCGCAGGACAUCAUCGACGACUGGCUGCUCAAGGGCGGCGACUCGCUCCGGGUCCUCACCGAGCAACUCGCUCGGCUCCAGCUCGAGCUCGACGACCGCGACGACGACGAGCCCGACACGCCCAUCAGCGCCCUCGCGUCGUCGACCUACAAGCUCGACGGCCUGCGAGUCAUGUCGCUCGAAGCAUUCCUGAGCCGCGUCCUGCCGGCGACGAGGCCCGACGACGGCUACCGCGCCGUCAAGGGCGACGCCGAGGUCGGCGCGCUCAGCUCAAGCACCUCCUCGUCGCCCAACCUGUCCACCUGCCAGUCGCCUCGACGACUGUCGACGACGCCUUCCGCCAUCGCGCGCAGCACCGUGCUGUUCGUGCUCGGCGUCCUCGCCGCCAGCCUCGUGUGGAGCGGCGUCCUCGCGCGCGCGCACGAGCGGUCGGCGACGGUGCAGCGUCUGGAACGGGAGCUGGAGCAGGCCUGGCAGCUGCACGUCGGCAGGAACGAGACGGCCCGUGAGGAGCGGCGGUACGGGCCUCGGCGGCGGCGGCCAACGACUUGGCGAGGAGGGUUCAGGACGCCGGGUCCUCGAGAGCUGUUGACGACCGACGAGCCGGGCAACUCGCUGUACGACGCCUUGCGGCCCGACCUGCGGUACCUCAUUGGCGACGCCUGGUCGGGCCUGACCGGGCAGUUCCUAACGUCAAUUUCUCUCGUUUACCUCGCGCAGAGGACUCAGCGCGUCGCCAUCAUUCCUUCGCCGUGGCGCGAUGACGAGCACUACCACAACACGUUCGCCAAGAUGUCCGACCUCUUCAACCUCGAGCAGUUCCGCCAAGACACCGGUACUCUCGUCCUCGAGCUCUCGGACGUCAAGCGCUUUGACCUCGAACACAGAAAGACGAGGCGCGAGGAGGUCGGCUGCUUCCAUGGGACCAACUUUGCCGACCAGGGUCGCACCUUUGAGGCGUUCAACCUUGACGCGCCGUCUUGGAAUGUCGAGCGCCUCGGCGGGUGGGCCAACGACGCGACCGAGUCGCUCAUCCUGUUCGACAUGGACACCGACCUGCGCCUCAAGAAGACGCACGCGUUCGCCGCCAAGGAGAACCGCGACGUGCCGCGCAACAUGAUCGACUCCCAGCUUCUUUGUUACGGCAACGUGUGGGCAUUGAGCGACGUCGCUAUGUAUAGAGAGCGGUGGGGAGCGCACAAUUACCUCGUGGCGGACGGCGUGCAGGAGAAGGAGGGCGACCUCGAGGCGAUGUUGAGUCCCGAGCACCGAGGGUCCCACGCAGAGUGGUGGGCAGUCGGGCAGUACCUCGACUUUCAGCCGGCGAUUUGGGAGGUCGCCCUCGUCGCCGCUCGCAAAACGCUCGGCGUCGACGACCUUCCUCGCGACCUCCUCACGGUGCACAUUCGUCGAGGCGACUUUGUGACCUGGUGCGCUGUUGGCCACGACUGCGUUCCUCCCCUCUCGGCCUACCGCGGCGCCGUCGCCUCUCAGCUCUCGCACCUCCCGCCCGACACGCCCGUCCUCGUCACGACCGACGAUACCUCGCGCGAGUUCCUCUCGUCGAUCGAGGCCCUGGGCUGGCUCGUCGUCGACCACGUCACGCUCGGCACCGAGGCCCUCCUCAUCGAGCGGUACGGCGAGCAAGAGCACGGGUGGUACGGCUCGGCGGUGGACCAGGCGAUCCACUCGCUCGGGAGCGGCUUUGUCGGGACCGAGGACUCGCAGGUGUCGCUCGUCGCCGCACUGCGAGUCGCAGCGUGGAGCGGCGGCAGGUCCGAGAUGGUCAAGCGGCCAAAGUAGAGACGCUCUCGGGACGCGAGGAGGAGAGGAAGGAGGAUGCGACGGAUAGAAAUUGCGAGUUGCGAC